CUCACACACCUUCCUGCCUCCAUACUCACACCAGCUGGUCCUCAUCGUCGUCAUCGUCAUCUCGUAACAAUCAUCGUCCCUCCGCUCGCACUCCGAGACGGUCACCGAGGGGGAGAGAGUGUGAUCCAAGCCUCACUCCACUGAGAGUCGAGCCCAUUGCCUCGUGUCCUCGCUGCGACCGGACGAUUGCUGCGCGAUCAGCAUGGCACCUUCUCCCCUAGCAUCUUCCUCCUACCUACCGACCUAUGACCAUCGCAAUGACCCCUAUGGACCCCCCAUAGCUGGCAAAGAUGGCUUGAAUGGUGCUGCAGCAGGGACUGGUGGGUUGGACAGGGGCAGGGCAAUGGCCUCCCCUGGCGGCGGCAGUUCGAGGAUGUUGCGAACUCCCAGCCCUACGUCUGCUCAAUCGUUCCACUUCUCCACGAUGCUUCGUACGGGCUCGACAGACGCCUCGGAAUAUCCUCCAGCUUCUUCCGAUCACCCUCGGUCCUCUUCUCACACUCCUACAGCCUACUACACUCAUCUCAGCCCCUCGGCGACCCUGCUCCACCUGACCCCAGCCUCCUCUCCCAACCUCACCUCCACAACACAUGGUCUGUCUUCCGCCGAGGUACCAGCCAUUCGCUCCAGGCUGCCUUGGUCUACAACGAUUAAAGAUCCCGCAACGGGACAGACUCGCCAGCUGAAAGGGUACAACGAGUUCGCUGUCAAAGAGAAGGACAGCCCCUGGUCGAAGUUGGUGGAUCAGAUCAAGGAACCCUUGAUACUGCUGCUGCUGGGUAGCGCGGUGGUCAGUCUACUCGUCGGGGAGAGAGAAGACGCCAUCAGCAUCGUUGUGGCUGUCGCAAUCGUCGUCGCUGUCGCCUUCAUUCAAGAGCGGCGGUCUUCAGAGUCGCUAGAGUCUCUAAACAAGCUGGUCCCUCAUUACUGCCAGCUCAUACGAGAUGGAACCACCUCUCGUGUUCUGGCUAAUGAGCUUGUUCCAGGGGACAUCGUCGCUCUUUCCACCGGAGAUCGCAUCCCCGCCGAUCUGCGGAUACUGGAAGCCGUCCAGCUGGAGACUGACGAGAGUACGUUGACAGGCGAGAUUAAGCCUCGGAAGAAGGUUACUGGCUUCACAGAGCCCGAAGUUGUCUACGAUGCUUCAAGCCGGGAGCAGACUAUGCAUGCGGAGGGGCCAUACGGAGGCUCCUCGUCGAUGCUACUCCCGCCAGCCUUGCCGGCUCACAUCUCGGCUACCACGAUCAACGAGAGGGAGAACAUCGCAUUCAUGGGGACACUGGUCAAGUCAGGCUACGGGAGAGGGAUUGUAGUUGGUACAGGACGUCACACCGAGUUCGGCUCCAUCUUUAGCAUGGUCGACGAGGUUACAGAGAAGCGAACACCUCUGCAACUAAGUAUGGAUGAUCUGGCGCAGAAGCUCUCCAUGAUCAGCUUCGUCAUCAUUGGCUUCAUCUGUCUUGUUGGACUCUGGCAGAGGCGACCCGCCCUGGAGAUGUUCACCAUAGGAGUCUCCUUGGCAGUGGCUGCCAUUCCUGAAGGCUUGCCCAUCGUCGUCACCGUCACUCUCGCCCUGGGGGUCUUGCGGAUGUCGAACAGAAAAGCAAUCGUCAAGAGGCUGCCGAGCGUAGAGACAUUAGGCUCUGUGUCUGUCAUCUGUUCGGACAAGACAGGAACUCUCACUACCUCCAAGUUGACCGUCUGCCGCCUCUUUACGCUCGAGGAUGGGGUGGUAGAUUUGACAAAGAAUGUACCUCAUUCGCAUGGGAAAGCUCUGGCUAGGACGCUGCUUGUCGGUAGUCUCUGCAACAACUCGCAUCGUGACGAGAAGGGCGACAACGUGGGCCAGGCGACGGACGUUGCGAUGAUCAAUAUCCUGCGGACCUUUGGCCUCGACGAUCGCCGCCCGUACUUUACUCGCUCGAGCGAGACGGCCUUCUCUUCCGAGAGCAAGUACAUGAGUGUCACGGGCAGCUUUGUCGCAUCGGGCAAUGGGUCUACCGACGCCUCGCAAGGCCCUGCCAUUGCUUCUAGCGGGCUCGGCAAGGGCGAGAAGAUCUAUCUCAAGGGUGCCCCUGAAGUGGUACUGGAGAAGUGCAGCACUUAUGUUGGAGGGGGCGCGGGCAGCAACAGUGACUCGUCUCCGCCUGCGGCACUACCGCUGGACGAUGCUACGCGUGCCAAGAUUCAAUCCGUCGCCACUCAAUUCGCCUCUGCCGGUCUGCGAGUCCUGGCUUGCUGUACAGGCAACCCCAGUACAGGUUCUACGAACCGAAUGACCUUCUGUGGCCUGCAAGCCAUGCAAGAUCCGCCUCGGCCAGGAGUCAGAGAGGCUGUCCACGAGCUGCGUAGAGGUGGGAUCCAGGUGAUCAUGAUCACUGGUGAUUCGGAGAUUACCGCAAAGGCCAUUGCUGUCCAAGUGGGGAUCUUGGAUGAGCACGAGGCCGGCGCAAACGACUCUAGAGCUGUUUUGACGGGUAGGCAGAUUGAUUUGCUCACGCCUCGACAGCUGCAGGAGGUGAUCGCCAGAGUAAGCAUCUUUGCCCGCACUACGCCACGGCAUAAGAUGGACAUUGUCAAGGCUCUACAGGCCAAUGGCGAAGUCGUUGCCAUGACGGGUGAUGGAGUCAAUGACGCACCAGCACUCAAGAUGGCAGACAUAGGCAUCUCCCUCGGAGCUGGCGGUACAGACGUGGCCAAGGAGGCCGCCGACGUCAUCCUCGUCGAUGAUAAUUUUGCCACCAUCCUACCCGCCGUGGAGGAAGGCAAAGGCAUCUUUACCAACAUCCAGAACUUCCUCUCCUUUCAACUCUCCACGGCUGUAGCCGCACUCAGUCUUCUCACCCUCUCAACCCUCUUUGGAUUGAAAGCGCCUCUGAAUCCGAUGCAGAUCCUCUUCAUCAAUAUCCUCAUGGAUGGACCUCCUUCGCAGUCACUUGGGGUGGACCCGGUGGAUCGACGAGCAGUCAUGCGUCGUAGGCCGAGAAGAAAGGACGCUCCUGUUCUCACGCAGAGGCUUCUGGCAAGGAUCGCAUUCAGCGCAGUCGUAGUUCUCGCAGGGACGUUGUUCAUCUAUGUGUCGGAAUUGACAGGAGACGGAUUCGCCGAUCAGAGGGAUCAGACAAUGACCUUCACCACCUUCGUCCUCCUCUCCCUCUGUUCCGCCCUUCAAAAUCGCUCCCUCACCACUCCCUUAAUCGGCAAUCGCAUCCUCCUCUACACCAUCUUCUCCUCUCUCUUUGCUCAACUCCUCCUCGUCUACCUACCCCUCUUACAAGGAGUGUUUCAAACUGUACCCCUAGGAGCGGCCGACUUGGGACUUGUACUCCUGAUCGCUGGAGCGGGAUUUGCGGCGGGGGAAGGGAGGAGGAGAGUGGAGAGACGCUGGGAAGAGGAAGAAAUUUUUGGGGUUGGGGUGGAGGCGGGAGUGGGUGUGGGAAAGGGAAGGGGGAAAGAGGAGCAGGAGGAGGAGAGAAUGUUGAUGAGAGGGUGGGGAACGGGUGAAGAGGAGAGCGCGGCAUAA